AUGUCGGGCUGCGUUGGGACCCCUCAGCUGUUGGAGACCGGUUGUGUGAGAAUACCUGCUAUGUUGUCGAAUCUGCUUUACUUCGACUUUGUUCUAUUAUAGUACACCAAUUUCUCGCAUCUUUUCCAUUUGUUAGCGAUACUUACAAUAUGAUGAGCGGACAUGGUGAUGAGGCAACCAUAAAAUUCAUAAUCUAUUAGAUUUGGGUCCACAGACGCACUGACAUGACCUAGAUGACGAUGGCUUACAGCAUCCGCGAAGACAUUUGGCCCGGAAAUCUCUGGUCUUUGAUGUUUAAGGCAAUUGAGCGGUCACAUUUAUAAUCGAAUAUAGUGGCCUUUACGGUACCAGAGGAAUGACAGAUAUGUUUAUGGAAGCUUUUCUUAUGCCACCAUACCACGACUUACAAAUAUUUGUGGUUAGACUCCUGCACUCUAGAGUUUUUGUCUCCGAUCCCAGCUUCUAUUGGAAUACUAUAGUAUUUGCCCUUUUCAUCAGGCUCAGCCAUAUUUCUAGGCGUCCAUUGUAGAUACGCUAGAAUGAACGAGCUGAAUUGGCUAUCGGCAAGUCAUUUUCAGCUGGCCCGGAUAGUUUUCAUGGAAUGUGCAUUUGUAGACCAGUCGCCGUUGCUAUGACUUGACCGAAGCCGUCAUAGGAUGGACUCACUUUUUUCAGUCCACUCGAGAUUUGCGAGUCUGUGCGGCCACAGAUACCAGGAUCUUUUAAUGUGCCAUCAUCAGACAGAACACAUUGGGAGAAGUGCUUGAGGGCUGAUGUGAGAAUACGCAAGAAGCUUGUCCGCAUCUGAGGAUAUUUUAAAACUAAGCAAUACGAAGCCGCACGGCGCGUCAACGUUCUGCGCUACAUGGUAUCUGUGGUGCGCCUCCAUGAAUUCCAUCUCUCCUUUCGAAGGCGUUGUGCCGGUGGUGAUCUUACUCAAACAAAAGUUGUGAUGUGCUUACAUUGUCCGAAAUUGCAACAGCUAGAAUUGGGUCAUUAUGUGCUGAUCAUAUAGAUUUCUGUUCUACGUGUUCUUUCUUUAGAAGCGACUAAAUUUGCCAAGGCAUUUGAUCUUUCCUUACUGCGAAUGAAAUCAUCGGCCAUCUGCUGUUGUUGUACAUUUGGUAGACUGUUUAAAUACCGUUAGCAGUGUUCUCCAUUUUUGUUAAGAAAAAAAUAGCAAGAAACGUUUGUCAUCCCCCUUUAUUUUUAUCCGACAUAUGCCCACCUAAGUACUCGUUUUGCCCGUUGGUUAAUUUGCCCGUUUCGACCUCCUUCGAAUGCAUGUAGUACAUUUGUACCUCUCCUCUUCGAUUUGCUUUUAGAUGAUUUUAUCCUACAUAUAUUUCUUAUGCCUCUCCCCUGGGACUUUUUGUCCUGUACUCCUUUAUACAGGUCUUUAUUUGCCAUGCAUAGACUUGCAAAAUCAAAUUAUGAUCACGACAUCCUCCACCUUGGGUAUUAAUGUCUUAAUACAGCCGAAAGCCGGUUUCCAUCGCAUAUUUUGUAUCGUCCGGUAUUUCAGCUCAGCGUUACUCUGUAUUUACUGUAUUUAUUUUCCGUUAAACAGAAAAGAUGUUGGGAUUUGUUUUGGUUUCGUUCGUCGUUGGAUGCCUAUGCGAUUAAAUGUUCGAAAGCCAAUUCCAGAUGAUACACACAUAACCGCGCAGAAGUCUUCCUACAGAUGGUAGGCACUAAACACUGCACUCACUUCACAAAUGGCACAAAUGACGAAAUGUGUCAGUCACGCAUGUUCCAAUAAGUUACUGUUCAGCAUACAGAACCGGCAGUUACUAGUGGCACACUCGACACGGUCUUAUGUAAUUAAGAAGGGCAAGGGAAGAACAGGUAAUAAUGCAUAGCAAUUUACAUGCAUAAGACGGACGAUUAUGCGCACCGUUGUGCAGCUAACGUCUCGUGAAUGCAAGUCGGGUUGCCUUUUGGAGCCACUUAUCUUUUAUUAUAGAAAGCGAGCGGAUGCUGUGCUGUUGCCGGCGUUUGGUGAGUCAAGUUAUCUUUUCCAACUGGUUAUUUGACAGAGGGAAGGAGUAGGGAGGGGACGGCUGCGCCUUCGCUUGAUGUUCAGAGCUGUCGUAGGCUGAUAGAUUAGACCUUUUGAUGGCUUUUUCUUCUACUGAAUAUGAAGGGAACAAGUAAAUUUGAUUGGCUGGGCCUUCGCUUGAUGCUCAGAGCCGUCUUAGGCUAAUACAUUGAACCGUUUGGAGGCUUUUUCUUCUGCUGAAUAUGAAGGGAACAAGUAAAUUUGAUUGUACAUGCUAAACCGCUUUUUGGUACUUCAGCGUCACGUAAACCGUACGCUGACCAUGUGAGUGGGCCGUGCUCAAACCCAAGUCUCGGAUAGAUCGGGAGGUAGAUGCAUUUGCCCCAGGGUGGGAAACUUGGAUUUUUUGAGCAUUUCCUUUGUUGCCAUAUAGCAGGAUAGACAGGAACCCAGAUUUUUCCGAAACCUAGCACAUUUAUAAAGGUAAGAUGAAAUGAAUGAAAUUUGCUGCGCGGUUUCGGAAGUUCUCCUUCUGACUUAGCCCAAACUUGUUUGCAUGAUUGAAAUGACUGCAGGUUACUGGAAGUCCCUUUCUGAUGCUUGCGACAAGGGGAGUAUUUAUCUUCUCCAAUUUUGACAGCGUCUUGCCAGACAUGCUCUCCUCCUUCAUGCAUAUAACUGUGCGGUUUAAUAUAAUAGAUGCUUGUUAUGGUUGUCUAUUUGAUAGAGGACGUUUUUUGCCAUAAAAUGACGGAUAUCUAAACGUGCUUUAGAAACACACGACGUUGCAUGUUGUGGACAUUGUACGUCCAGUUAGAUGUGUGGGUUUUAACCGAGGUUCGUCUUUCUGAUAGCAUCUCCCUCCCAACUGCGAAUCCUCAUCCAGCGGAAGCGACUGGGCAAGCAGCGGUGAUGAGUGGCGACCAUCACCAUCGCCAUCGUCGUCAUCCUCUUCAGCCAACUCCCAGUCAGCAUGGACCCUGCCGAGUUCUCCGGCGGGCGACCCAAAUGCGCCAACGGAUUUGCCUGUUCCCGCGAAGACCUUUCAUACGGGAACACUGAUGGAGGAUAAGCCUGCUGGUUUGUCUUUUGCUACUGUAUCUUUUAUGCAUUCUCAAGGGAUGCAACCAAUUAAGCGUGAGAUGGAAGAACCUGACGGCAAGGAAACUGCGCGAGAUCCUGAAGACAAUCGCUACCUGUGUGAGUGAUGCUCACUUUUUCUGUCAGCCUUUACAACACAUUGUCAUUGAGAUCCAUGAGUGGUCUCUUUGUUUGGAAAUUUAUUUAAUAACGACUUUCUGUAUAGCCUGAUAUCCAGGUCUUUUAGGAGGCAUUAACCGCGAGGAGAUGCAAAAACAUUUUUUGGGAAGAAAGAGGCCAUACUUAUAAUAGUGAUAUUGAUAGUAAAAUUAUAUACAGAGACUACCGUGCAGAAGGGACUGAUUCAAAGGCCAAAAUUGUAAUUAGUCCGGAGAUUGUGCAUACCACAUCGCCCCAAGUGAGCUUUUGGUUUCCCCUCCUCCCCCGUCGGUCUGAAGAUAAGGAAGUCGACAGCCAUGCUAAUAAGAGGUGAUGAUUGACAGAGUUGAGGUCAUGGAGUGCCUUUGUUACGGCCGAGUAUGAGAUGUAUAUUUUGGUUGCACCUUUGUCGCGGUAGUUCUCACACUUGGAAGUAGACACAAAGAUAACUGCGCCACAAUCAUCAGAAACGACAUAAUUCCUCAGUAGAACGAGCCCAUUGGAGUGUCCGUAAUAUCAAUUUGAGGAUGAAUACCGUCCUCUCGGGGCGCCUUGUUGUUACGUACUCACAGUAGUACACGGGGUGUUUCUUCCUAAACAGGAGGGUUCGUAAGACUCCUUAGACUGUAGAAGGAAAGAAUUCUUCUCCCAAGGAGGGAGGAAUGACAGUCGGUCAAACAGGGACACUGAUGGAGAAUAAGCCAGCUGGUUUGUCUUUUGCUACUGUAGGUUUUAUGCAUUCUCAAGGGAUACAACCAAUUAAGCGUGAGAUGGAAGAACCCGACCGCAAGGAAACUUCGCGAGACCCUGAAGACGAUCGCUACCUGUGUGAGUGAUUCUCGCUUUUUCUCUCGGCCCUUACAUUUCUUUUCACACCCAUCGAGCCAUCCGGCUGCUUUUUUGGAAAUGUAUUGAACAAUAAUUUCCCAGAUGGCCUGAUAUUAAGGUCGUUGUGGAGGCAUUCACAUCGAGGUAUUGCAGAAAACUUUCCAGAAGGAAUGAGACCAUAUUAGUAAUAAUGACACGGAUUAUAAUAUUAAUGCACGUAUAGAGAACGCCGUGCAGAAGGCACCGGUUCGAAGGCAAUAAUUGUAGUUAGUCCGGUGACUGCCCAUACCACAUCGCCCCAAGUGAGCUUCGGACACCACUAUUUGGAUUAAACGUCAUCACCUAUAUUGCAAUCGCUCUCGUAAAAUUUUAGUGACAGAGGACCAAACAGAAAGCCUGUCGUCAUGCAGGUGGAGGAAUGGAGGGCUUUAAUCCACCGUUCAUCCUUUGGUAUUCCUUCCUUCCCAUUCAGUCUGAAGUGCGAAACCCCCAAACAAGAGAUAAUGUUCGGCAGAGUCGAAGUCAUGGCGUGCCUUUGGUAAAGCCAAAUAUAGCAGUAGUUCUCAUACUUGGAAGUAAACACAAAGAUAACUGCUCCAUAUUUAUCAAAAACGACAUAACUCCCCAGUAUAACGAGCCCAUUGGAGUGUCAGUAAUAUUAAUUUGACGAUGAAUACCGUCCUCUCGGGGCGCCUUGUUGUUACGUACUCACAGUAGUACACCGGCUGCUUCUUCCCAAAGAGGAGGGUUCGUAAGACUCCUUAGGCUAUAGGAGGAGGUGAUUCUUCUCCCGAGGAAAGAGAAAUGACAGUCAGUCGUAUUAGAGCGCUCUCUUUGUGACUUUUAGUACUCAUUUAGUCCUAGAAUAUGUGUGCAUAAGGCUUUUUAGAAUGACACGAUUCUUUCCUUAAUCAAUUAGGAGGAGAACUAUUAAGAUUUCUCCUGACAGCACUACACAGAAGGUACAUGAGCGAUGUGCUUCCUAUUGUGGGAGGCGGCGGAGUUCUAGAUCCACACUAAUGAUAUAUUAUUAUUGUUACCUGAAUCCCGAAUAUAUUCACAAUAGAAGGGGAACAGAACAAGCCGUCUUCUCUGGUCCUUCUUUUCGUCUUUUCUGACUGCCAGUCCUCCAUGAAGCUUCAUAUCUGCGUUUCAGCAGUUUUAUGUUGGUACAACGAAGCCGAAACCUCGUCUACACUCUCAUUGAAAGACCAACUACAGUCUUCUUCAUUGACAUACCGAACUUAGCACUUGACUGUUUUGAAGCCAUCCCAGUCAAAUAUCGUUGGGCGUAGUUAUCUUGUCCGGUUCACCAGUUCCAAAGUGUCCGUUAUAACAUCAUUGUCGCUCAAGUGCGAUAUUUCAAUCAGACGCGGUCACGAUGCACCUUUGGAAGCAGUUACAAUAAAGUCGGACCCAUGUUCGACAUCGCCUCUAAGCGCGUUCCAACUACAACAACAAUUGCCUUCUCAUACCAGGAAAAGUAAACGAAAGUGUCAAAAGAGGGGUACCGUGCCUAAGCAAGACACCUUAAGUUUUGUUUCCGGUUUCAAACUUGCUUGUGGAUGAAGAUAGAUUCUGCAAACGCGAAUUAAAUUAGCAGCCAGGUUAUUUGUGCAUUUGUGUAGAUGACUUAUCAAGACCGUGACUCCGCAUAGCUGCUCACACCUUACCGUCUCCCAUCUAUUAGACUGGGUGCUGAACUGAUAUUUGGCUGUUUUCUCCAUCAUUUUUUGAACGAGUUCAUACUGUUGUGUAUCCAUUCAUGUUCCAAAGCGGUUGUAGAUGGCUGCAAAGUACUUUGAUAAAUUUGUUCUGCUAAAUUUGCUUAUUUUAUGUCAACCUCAAAGAAGGAAAGCUCUACGUAGUCUUUUUUGACUUCGAAGGAGACAGAAAGUCAUUGCGCUUUGGUAUAGUAGCUCGGUACUCACGCGGUUGUCACCUUUUGCGAGAAUUUCAACCUCAUCAAACUUGUUAACAUAAUGUCCCAUCGAAUAAGCCGUGACCUGAGAGCCAAGAUCCUGCGACAUGUUCGGCAGUUCGCGUCCAGCGGUCACACGUUCCACCGACCAAGUCGUUUCCUUAACUCCUUUCUGGGCAAGAUGUGGUUUGGUAGCCCACCUGAUGGACGCAAUACUGCUGGGGUUGGUGUUAGGGGUUAGGGUUGGAGGUGGGGGUUUAGGUGAAGAGGUUAUAGUUAGGGAUUGGGGUUAGGGUUAGGGGUUAGCACAACUAUUUCUCAACCAUCAAAAAUACAACCACGCACUCCCAAUAGCCUUUCUUUUGAAAACAACUACUUGACCUCGUCGCCUACUUGAUCACCUAUUACCACUGGUUCCAUAUAAGAGGUGACUGGGUUUGUUUAAUUCGGGUGGAUCACCAAACCACAUCCGACCCCUUUCUGGAGCUCGUCUCUUCCCUUCUAUCGGCUGUACUUAGCUUCUGCCGAUUGAAGUGCAGGAUGCAGUGGCUCCCUUAUGAUAUCUCUCGCCAAUGUAGUAUUUGCGUGAGAAAGGUCUGAUUCACAUGAGUUGAUGGACCAGCGCGUCUGUGCCACUUGCGUACUGGACUACGCCGGUCUAACUGCCGUGUGUUUGCCCCAUAUUCAGUCACAUCGAAUUUGCUCUGCCAUUGCAGCAUGGUAGGUUUCGGGAGAGAGGGUGAGGUCACAGCCACAAAAGUCACCCAUUUUAAUUAAAGACGCAUUGUCUGAAUAUAUGCCCCGCCGAAAUUGGUUGGCUUUUACGCAGUGAGUACCUUCUUAUUCGCUAUUAGCCCGUUUUCUUCGAGGGUGGUUGUGUAAUGCCCCGUACGUGGAUGGGAGCUCUUCACAACAGCCCGUUGACUUAAGGCCAGUAGGUCAAGCAUUCAGGUCGUUUUUCAAAAAUCUAUAUCAAUUUUGAUUAGCGUCUUCCAUCCAGCCGUUAUGUGCUCGCACCUUCAGGCAUCGCAUGGGUCUAUUCGGCCACAUGCGCAUCCACGAGAGCGGAAUUGACCACAAUUCCGAUACAGCCACGACAUCCAACAUAUCCACCAUGCCCAGACGCAUCCUCGCUCCACCGUCACACGCGCCGACCACCACCACCAACACCACCGCCUCCUCUACAGCCGGCACCGACACCGCUGACCUCUCAUGCCCACAUUGUCCACGCACCUUCACCUCACGCAUCGGCCUGGUGGGUCACUUGCGAAUCCAUCGCACAGAGACUGGCGAACCAGUGCCUGGAGCACCAACCUACACCCACCGCACUCGCCUCCACUGCCCACACUGCCCUCGCACCUUCACGCAUCGCAUGGGUCUAUUCGGCCACAUGCGCAUCCACGACGACCUGCGGUAGACAACCGCCGGUCACACCACACAUUCCCUCACUCUCUACCUCCUAACACCAUCACCCAAUCAGACAUCAACCCCCACUCACCUCAUGCACUCAGCUGCCGCCUCCCACGCAAGUGGGAAGUGUGCAUCUCGACCCGGUCCCCAUGCGGCCACGGCUGUACGGGUGACUUGUGUCCGAGACUAUCCCGACACUUCAAGUGUCGUGGAUAGGAAGGUUGCUGAUUGAGGCCCGCUCUCGGCUCACGCAGUCCGUCACGUUGUGUGUGUGUGUUGUGUGGAGUGGCGGACUGGUGGGCUGAGGACGGGCUGCAACAGCACCUUCCACGGCCCUCUCACGCAAGUGAGAGACACGCCGUUCAACCCCCGUUGUGUGAAAUCCUGGUGUUUGUGUGUGUAUGGGGGGCCAGGUCGUGCUGUGGCGCGCGCAGUCAUGGUCAGUCGACCAUGUCAGCCACCGCGCCCAUUCCCCACUCCAGUCUACUGACCGGCUCGGACAGUGGUUGGGGUGUGGGAAUGGGAAGGGAGAGUGAGGUCGACGACUCAGCGCAUUUUCCUCACUAUAAUCAAUCUGACGCGCUUGAAGCUAUCACGGUGCGCUAAAAGCCGUGGCUUGGAAGGUUGCCAACUGACGGGAUACCUUGGACCUCCUCCUUAACGGGAGGCGGUCUGAGAGUCAGGCUGCAAUGGCUCCUUUUUAAUGUGGCCUUUAUGGCAUUCCCACCACAGUGUGGGAUCCGAGCCAGGCGUUGGCGGCACGCCCAGGUGCGGCUUCGGCCGUGCCAGCCCCCAAAUCUCUGUGGUGUUGGUUGAAAUCCUGGUUAUUGUUGUGUGGACCAGGGGGUGUGGUGGAACGCCAAGGUGAGGAUCCGUCCGAACCAUCCACCUGCGGCCUCCCUCGUCUCCGGUCUUCUUGACUCUGUCUUGACACCGGGCCCAGGCGGGGGAGGAGGAGAGAGUGUAGGUAGAUGCAGCGCAAGUCUACCGGCACUAUAAACCCCUGCGCAAGUCACCGUCCCUGCUCCCACCGCUGCUGCAGCUGUGGGGCACACGGUGGUCAUCGUCGAAAUCGAUGGACGAACUGUCGGUUCCCAAGCAAUGUGCUGGCGAUCCGCGGAAGUUCAAAUGUCCGACAAUUAGGGCCGUCGAUGUGUUGUGCGGCUUUGGCGUGUGGCCACCUCUCGAUCAUGAAAAUAAACGAUGCAACUGCAUUUCUAGGUGUUAGCAUUUGGCCUCCUCUGUUUACCAGACAGCAGGCCAUGUUAACUGCUUUUUGACAGCCCGCGGCAAACAUGAAAGCCGGCUGUGAAGAUGGUGGCUGGUGAGUUAUAAUGUGGACCUGAUGUCGAGGAUUUUUUGUGCGCAUUGUGAUUGGUUAGUAAUGGAAUGGCAUGCAUAUAUUCGUGCCAUAAGUCCUACUGAUUAUCUAUGUUCAUCACCGGUCUGGUAUGGAGUAAUGGUCUUGAAGUUGUGGUGCGCCACUUUAAAUCUCUGUUCACAGAGAAGAUUUUUCGAGAACUCUUUUACUGACUGACUGACCACUCGUAGUGAAUAGACCUGAAAGAUGUCCGACGAUGGAGUUGAUCUCGCACAAAGAUACCCAGGAUAGAAUGGUAUUACCGAGGGAGACAAGGGAGACUGGGACGGCCAUUUCUGGCUUAUUAACCGUCCACGCCUCUAACCACUGGGCGCGUUCGGCCUAUAUGAUGCGCAGCUGUGUGGCUGCUGGUAGGGCUCGAGAUAGAGCCUGUAAGGCACGACGGAAGGAGUGAGUUCCGUAAGAACGAUCGGCGAUCGGUCCUCUAUCAUCGAAUAUUCCCAAUCGAAACCGACGGGACACUGGGCCCGUGGCCCAGUGAUUAGAGGCCUGGACUUCUAACUAACAGGUCGCGAGUUCGAUAUGGCCGUGGUGUUUGUAUGCUAGCAAACGGGUCAGAACAGUACAAAACACCAUGUUUUAUCUGUUAAAUCGUUCUUUCUUAAAAUUUUCAGCACCUCGAGACCACACUUGUGAGUUCUGUGGCAAAGUCUUCCUACGGAAAGGACACUUGAAGGAGCACGUCAAUGGUGUCCACAAGCGUACGUUUCUUACCCCUCACCGAUUGUCCUGUUUCGAUUGUCGGUUGAUUGGCCUUUAAUAUCGCUAAAGUGAGAGGUGGUCCUUGCAUUUUGGUCAGACAGAAAGAUGCUCUAGUGGCUACAGGUCCAGUCAAGUGGCGUGUAUUGACCUGUUAUCGACCUGUCAACGUGGAGGGCUAAACGAGCACGUCCGCGACAAGUCAGUGAUGACGAUACGUCAUCUAGCAGGACAAUCUCUCGGUUGAGGGCGUUUAAGACACCCUAGCGGGGCGUGGUAGGGGAGUGCCAGCUUUGACACGUCGGUUUGUCCGAUCGCGUACCUUCUCCCCCAAAAAUCCUAGAUGUCAGGAGUCCUUUUAACACAAGCCGGCAAGCCUAGUUUAAAACUAUGGGCACAGUAAACACUAAAGAACCUAGAAGAUUACGUCAGACGCAGAUGAUCCAACAUGCAACAGCGUCUAGGGGAAGAGGCCAUCUCUGAAAUCUCGGCUUACUAGGGGCGGCGCAGCCACACUUUCAGGUUCAAGAAGGGAGAAAUUCUCGCGUGAGCUGCUUGAGUCGUUGUUUUCCGGUUCAUUGUUCGUCAAAAGGCGCAGUCAUCUUCCCCACGCCUACGCAGCGUUAAGCCCUUGUCUGGGCAGAGUAAUUAUUCACGCGCUGAGUGUGUGUGUGUGUGUGUGUGUGUGUGUGUGUGUGUGUGUGUGAACGCUUCCACCAGUGAUAGCGCCAGUGAGCCAAGUUUCUUGGCUAAUUAUAACGCUAGUUGUCGACAGUGGUGAUUAAAUCGCCACCAGUAACGACUAGAAUGGAUGCAGAAGUAUUUGACCUAGUUAAUGACAGGGGAACGGGGAGGAUGCUGUAAGCCUGACUUACGCGCUUGAUGUUCGUCAGCUGGCAAUUCGGCAGAGUCCAGCGUGGGUGGUGCACAGACGUGGAGGACCGAACCGACGCGUUUAGACGAACGCAAAGUAGCACCGGUUCAAACGCAAACCAGGGGAAGAUUCAGCGCUGACGCCCCUCUCUCCCCUAACCCCCGUACGAAUGGCCUUUGGUCAGCAGGAAAUUUGCGCACCCACGAACACCGUUAACUGCUGUGUAGCGUUGUCUUCCUCUCGCAACUUCAGGGAACUAAGUGAUCAACGACGAGGUUUGGUUCUGCAGCCCUACCUGAGUGAUACCAUAUGGGUAGCUUACUAAAACCAUAUUAGUUAGCAAACCUAACUUAGCCGCUCACUGCAUUGGGAAGGGAAAGUAAGCGCUAGCAGAGCUCGAAGCAUGCGCAGGGAAGCGAGUGAAGGUAGCAUGUACUCACUCUCUCCCCGACAUAGCAACUGACUGGACUGAGAGGAUGAGAAGGGCGCAAUCACAACUGGAAGCCCACGGAGGGAAUCGCGUGGUAAUUUGCAAUGCAUGAGCUCUGUAGUGGAACCGACGGAGUUCCACACCAUCCGAACAGUUCCGUUAGAAUGCCUACCUAACUGCUCGCUGGAUUGAGAUGAUAAAGAGGGCUCAAACGGGGUUCGAAGCACGCGCAGGGAAGCGCGUUUGAACUGUGCCUAAAGUGACCGAGACUGGUGUAUGAGUAAUCAUCCCCCCUGGCACAGUCACUCUGAAUUAAAAGGGCGAGGAAGAUGCAAGCACGUGAUAUUUGUAAAGUUCGCGUAUUCAUUUUUUGGAGAUCUCGGGCAAACGCGUGUGAAUAAAACCUAGUCCUUUCGGCAUCUACACGUUUUAAUUUCCCUUACAGGGCUGCGUGAUUAUACGUGUGACGACUGUGGUAAGACUUUUGCACGCAAGGCCGACAUGAAGACGCACAUCAACGCUGUCCACAAAAGUACGGUUUGUUUCCUUCACUGAUUGGCUACCUGCGUUUGCCGCGGAUUUCCUGCUAAUUUGGUGUCUUUCUCCUGCACAGUGCAUAUUUUCUUACUGUUUUUUAAAAAUUAGGAGUAGCAUUUUGAGGGUGUAAAUUUUUCAGAACAGAAAUGGACAUAGCAGAAGUAAUAAUAACCCCCCCAAUAGAAGCGAAAAGGCGAGUUCCAGGAAGUAGUCGCGGAGGAGAAGGAGACAUGAUCGCUGGAACAAGUGCCUUAUUAACCCGACGUUUCGGAUUCCCACUCGAAUCCAUCAUCAAAGACAGUCAUAUAAGGGUAUUAGAUUGCCCAGGUAUUGCAAUAUUUAUAGGAUGUAGUUGGUGGGCCGCUACAUGCCUAUCACAGUUCGCAGCUCCCGAGGGCAUCACAGAUCGACUGACCCGGUGUUGAAGGACGCGGUUGCCAUGCUGUUGCUAUGCGCCUGUAUGCCGGUCAAGAUUAUCAGCUCCCACGCUCAUCGCACGCCGCCGAGUGGCCGACUGCCGGAUUUCGUCAUCCGUGGGAAUUCUUGGGUGAUUUGUCUCGUCGACAUUGAUACCGGGGACAGUGGUUAUCUGCACGUUCUCCUCGCGGCAAAUUACUUUGCCUAGGCUAGGUCUCAGCGCCAAAUAUGGAGCGGGGAGGUCUUUGCGCUUGUUGACUGACUGAGUAUCGGAAAACCAUGACUGAGCAGUCCACGGCUCACGCGGUUGUCGCCUCAGCGAGGACUUCUGUUUCGUCAAACUUAGAUGUGUGGUUGGGUCCCGUGGAAUGAGACGCGACUUCGGAGUUGGCGUCGUUCCUCCCCGCUGCCACCGCGUGCCCGGACAACCGUGUCCGGUGCAGUCUUUUGGUUUCUCCGACAUAGUUGCCUUGCCCGCAACUCCUCCUCAACAACAACAACAACCCUGCUCUCCCUCGAAAGCCUUGGUUUCUGCUUGCUUUUGUUGGGUGAACGUCCAAAUUCGAUUAUCAGCCUCCGAAAGGACGUUUUCGAUAGUAUGCUUAUCAUGCAUCCUGUUACUUGAAUUUUAAUGCUCUAUUCGACGAAUUUUUGACUGUCUACCCCGAAGUAGAUGCAUUUGAGUCUGUGCCCACAUUGUUUAUUCGUUUGGUGGCAGCAUGUGCCACAAAACCGCAAAAAAAGAACGUGGCAACUUUAUACGGCAAAACAAUUUGGGGACUUAUUUCUACUGAGGGGACACGAAGUGUAAGCAUGAGGACAUGCUUCAGUACUUAAACGAUUUAAGGCUUGGUAGGAAAUGCACAGCUUGGAAUUGUGUGCGUUAAUAUGGGGUGACAUCAUUGGGGGGUUGUUUUCUUGGUUCAGCUCAGUCAGGCAUUGUGGAUGGUAUUCAACGAUGGCGUUGGAGUGGUGCUUGGAGGUUACCGCGCUCACGGGACACACUGCAUUCUGGGGGUUUUUGAAAUUGACCAACUAUGUCUGUGUGUUUUUCGACUAGUCGAACCAUUUAAGAAAAAUGUGUUAGUUCAAACUGCGUCAGUAUGCUGUCAGAUGUCGUCCGGCAGUUCGACUGUCGUGACCGUCGAUUUUCACUGUGUGCUCCACACCAGGGUGAAGCAGGGACGCUGACUUGUGCGUGAUUUAGUUUUUAGUGAUUGCAGACUUGCGCAGCAUCUACAACACUCGGCCUUCCCCACAUGGGCCCGGUGUCCAGACAAAUUCAAGAGGGUCGGAGACAGGGGAGGGGGCAGGUGGAUGGCGCGGCCGAGCCUGCACCUUGGCGUUCCACUCCACACUCCCUGGUCCUGGUUGAGCAGGCCUUUAACCAACGACAACACCACAAUGGGUCAGAAAGAGGAGAAGGACUGGGCAGACAUGUUCACGGCCUGCAUACCCAGCGGGAGCGUCAGCACACCAGGUUGCAGGGGGCCAUGGUUUGUUGAUCCUGCUAUAGCUGACGCUUACAGACCUGCCGUGGCCACUUGUAUUUCUUGCACCCCGCACACGCUUUCUUAGGCUGUGAAUGAAAAUAAUGAGCCUUGACGUCUCAUACGUCACAAGUAGCAUUGAUCAACUGUGCUCCUCUUCUAUCCGGCUGCUUGCUGGUCAAAGAUAGGUGCGUCAAAAGCAGGCUGUCGCGUAGGCUGGGUGGUACGUUUUUGCGAGGCAGUCAUGGAAACAGACUUGCUUCCACCACGGAAACUUCCUUUUGUAGUGAGCUGCCAUUGUUCUCCCUCUUUACCAGGAACUGACUUCCUUUGCAUUUGCAACUGGGUCACAACAUUUUUGAUACUUUUAUUCAACAUUUCACGAUUGUUGGUCGGUAUUAGCCUUUGUUUAUUUUUCAGAGCUGCGAAAAUACAUCUGUUCAAUCUGUGGCAAGGCCUAUGCAGUGAGCUUCAAACUGAAGGAGCACGUUGACAUCGUCCACAAAAAAAGCUUGUCCGCUCGGCUGGAAUCGCUGAGUAGUACAGCGUGCGGUCAAACGUGGCUUUUUGCGAUACAACGAAAAGAGGGGUUCUGUCUGGCUGAGUAUUUCCAGACAGAAACGUCUGUACAUUGUCUCCUGUCAUUCUAGCGGACAGAAGAUAAACUCGGUGUUGUGGGAAUUCUUAAAACCCGACAUUAUAAAAACAUCCAUGUCUUCACGGAGGGGCCAAACAAUUUUCCCAAUAAGGGCUUCAUCUAGUGAGAAGUCACUGCCUGUUACAGUCUGUAUGCCUAUUUCGUCUGUCGAAGUAUUCUGGGCUGACCCCACUCUUGAGCCCUGGUUAGCAUAAAGGCUUUUUCCAGCGAGGCAGUCCUCUGCCUGGCCAUUUCGUUCAGCUCUAAUCAGAAGACAUGUUAAGAGCAUAAAGCCUUUUCGUUUUUCAGACCUGCGACGACACACAUGUGAGCUCUGUGGCCAGCCCUUUGCACGCAAGGCGCACAUGCGAAGGCAUGUCGACAUCACCCACAGAAGUACGUCCUUCCCCUCCCCCCCGCCCCCCAUCACCUCUUAA